AUGGAUAAUAGCGGAGUCAAUCAAAUAAUCAAUGCCUUAGAGGUCAUAUAUGAUCCUAAAGCAACGAAUGAUCAACGAAGAGAAGCACAAACAUUUUUAGAAUCGAUUAAAACAAAUGAAGAAUCACCAUUUUGGGGUUAUCAACUUGCGUUACCAGAAAACAACGGGAAGAAUUACAUAGUUAGACACUUUGGAUUGUCCUUGUUACAAAAUUCCAUUAAUAAGAGAUUUCAUUUAUUUAAUUCAGAUAAAGUUUCUACCAUCAGAAACUGGGUUAUCGAAUUAGCUAAUAAAAUAAACCAAGAUGAUCCUCAUUACUUAAAAGAAAAGUUAGCAUUUUUAUGGGUUUCCGUAGCCAAAAAAAUAUGGGGCUGUUUUCUUGUUAAGUCAUUGAAGGUUGAUGCGUCAAGAUUGAAUGAUAGUGAAGGCGAAAAUCAAAAUAAUGAUAAAUCAUCUGUUACAGAACAAGAUUUGACUGAUGGUUGGGCGUCUAUGGAUUCUGAUUUGUGGAAUUUAUGGAACAAGAAUGUCUGUUGUCGGGAAUUAUGUCUUAUAGUGAUCAGAACAUUGUUUGAGGAUAUAUAUCUCCUAGACGACCCUAUCGCAUCGAAGAGGACUUCAAUUUUAAAUCAAUUAAGUGUAUUGAUCGUCACCCCCGAAGAUGUCUUGAAUUCAAUCUAUGAACCAAACGCUACAUUAUCUCUUUGUAAAUCUUCCACGGUUGGCUGGUUUACAACUUUAAGCGAAAGUUUGGUUGAAACAUUACUGAAUAAUGAAUUCAAUAGUUCGACCUGUGAAAUAUUUGUUCCCAAAAUUUUAUCUAUUUUCAAGACGUGUUUACAUUGGAUACAACCUAUUGUCUUGAGAAAUCAAAAUAUCAUGCAGACGUUGAUAAAUAUUUUGACUAUUCCAGAUGUGAAGUUAAAGACUCUUGCAGUUGACUGCUUACAUAUUUUAUUCACGAGAAAUUACAAUAACGACGAAGAUUUUGAUUUUUUCAUUGGAAGUAUAUUUACAAAUGAAGGUAUAAAUAAGCUAUCCCAAUUUUAUCAAUCUUUGGAAAUUGAUCCCAAUGAUGUUGACGAGCAAGCAUACUCAUUAUUGAAGAAAACUGUAGAAAUGAUAGUCUCAUUAAGUGAGUACUUGAAUAUAUCUUUGCCUCAAAAAAACAAAAUAUCAUGGGAAAAUUCGGAUAUCGACAACUACUUAAAUUUGAUUUUGACAACAACAAACCACCCAAGUUUAAUAAUUUCAGGAUUGUCAUUACAAAUGUGGGUAACUAUCCUAAGGUUUGAUGAAUUAAGUUCAAAAAAACCAAUACUUAAAAUUCUCUUAGAUUUGUUAGAAACUUCGGCUAAUAGAACUUUAAAUUAUAGUGUAAUUGGUGAAGAAAAUGUUUCAAGGAUAUUCUUAAAUAUUGAUUUUGAUUCAAUUCCUGAUGCAAAUUCAUUUUUAUCAAAUUACAAAAAGUUCAAUGAGGAUAUUGUCAGAAUUACAGUUUGCAAAAAACCAGAAGAAGGAUUAAUGUGGCUUGAGAAUAGAUUACAAAAUUUUUUCAGUUCCAAGCUCGGUGAAGAAUGUAUUCAUGAAUAUAAUUUGAAUGAAAAGUCAGACGCAUUAAAUUAUGGUACUUCACAAUUCAACAUAAUCGAGAAUUGUAUUCGGGGUAUUUCAAGAUGGAGAAUAUGGUAUUCUGGAGAUGAUUUUGACGUUAUAAAUGAUAGAUUAAAUAAGCUAGUUGAAAGUCUUGGUGAGAGAUUACUAGCUAUGAAUUUAGCAUCUCCAUUAUUGAUCCGUAAGCAGGUACAAACAUUAGUCCAAUUUGCUCCAUUGUUAAAAGAUGUGAGUCCUUUAAUGUUUCAGGUUUUGGAAAAGAUUUUAACCACUGCAACCUUUGACUAUCCUAGUAACAUAAAUGAUGAUGAAAAAGAAUUAAUCCGAGACUUACGUACGAGUUGUGGCACAGAACUAAAUCGUUUAGCAUAUAUUAUGCCAGAAUCUUUAAAAAAGAUAUUCGGUGACUUGGAAAAUGUUGUAGGUAAUAUUCUAUCCUCGAAGAAGGUGAGUGAUCAUGAAAACGUUGCAUUUAAAUCAUUUUUAUUAGUUAUUGCAUCUCGUUCAACUAUCGACAACAAAGAUGAACUAUUUGCAAAGAUUGUUGACCCCGAAUUAAUGGCAUGGUCAGCUCCUGCAACUGAAAAGGGGUUAAUGGAUUUACAUUGGUUUAUGGAAAGAAUAGGAAUUGUUGAAAUUGCAUCUUACUUUCAAAGCAGAGGUAUCACAGCAAAUACAAAUCUUUUAGAAAGUAAAAUGGACGAUGAAGGUAAGAUAUUAAAAAACAAACUUAAAGAUCAUUGGUCCUCCAUAUUUCCUAUAAGAGCUACCAGAAUAUUUAUACAGUAUAGUAUUGAGAAAUUAAAUCAUGAUUCGCCAGAAUACUUAAAUUUGUUAAAAUUAUGGAAACCAAGGGUCCAGCCUAUUAUACCUCAUAUUUUGCAACUUUUAACUCAAAUCCAAGCUUACCAUGAUCCUGCGAAUUGGAAAGAUUUACCAGAUGCUGUUCAAUCUUUCGUCAAAUAUAGCUGUAUGGAAAGAUUCUGGCAACAAGGUGUCUCGAUUCAGAGUAAGGAAACAUUUAUAGAGGAAAAUGUUAAAGCAGCAUUGACAUUAAGAGAUUUCGCUGACUCUGUUGGACAUCUAAUUAGAUAUACUCGAGAAUAUGCAUUUUUAACCAUAAGUUCAUUAUCUCAAUUGGAAGAUACACUAUACGAGAUUCCAAACAUCGGAAGCAUGAUUUGGAAAUCAGUUGCAGGGGAUACAGUGGGAAUAACUUUACAUAGCUGGAAGCAUAUGAUUAAUAGCUGUUUACGGAGUGUUAUCAGAAAUUGCCCAGUUAAAUACGUUGAUAUUUUCAUGACUGAUCUAUUAAUCAAGGCAUUUUCUGAUAUUGAUAAAUUAUUAGUCAGUAAAUGGGAAAAGGUUUACAUGAACGGUUUGCAGCUACAAGGUAAUGAAGACGAUGAAACAUUGUCUGAAGAAAUGAUGGAGGAACAUAUGUUAAGGCAAUUAACAGCCACUGUUGUUAGGUUCUUAAUGGACAUUGUAAGCCAAUUUAAUGCUAAAAAUGUCACUGAUACUCAAUUUGCUUGUAAAAGACUCAUUGCAGAAAAUAAAGAAGUUUUGGCUCCAUUUUUAAGGAUAUGUUGUCAUAUCAUAAUGUUUAAAGAUACUAAAUGCUCCUUUAAUACCAUUUUGGUUAUUAGAAAUGUAUUAUCGGAGAUUUUACUCAAGGAUGAUGAGGUAGAUAAGUAUCUCUGUGAUAAUCUUAUCAAAGCAUUGUUGAAUGUAUUAAUGGAUGAGUAUUUUAUCGAAACCCACUCUGAAGCGGCUAUUGCUUUAACCACCUUGUAUUGCUCAUUAAGGUCAAAGAAUGACUAUCCAGCAAGGGUCUUUGUUCAGAUUUUACCAAAUAUAACCACACAACAUAUAAGCAAUUUUGAAACUUUAUUGGUAAGUUCAAAGUCUUUGAAGCACCAAAGAUCAGCUUUAUUAGAAUUAAUCAAAAUUUCAAAAGAAGUUGAUGAAGAUUCUUCUGACAGUGACUUAACAAAGCGUAAAAAACAGUUAGAGAAUGCUGUAGCUACAAGAAAAAAGAAGCCACAAAAUAAUGAUGUUAUGAAUGACCCUUUUAUUGAAAAUGGUCCUCUUAAUAAUUUAUUCGGUGACGAAUAG